GGGGCCUAUAAAGAGACGCACUAUUCCGUCAGCAGUUUUCAGUUGCAUUUUCAACAUGAAGGUAUAUAUUGGAUUGCUGAUCUGCAGUUUUCUGCAUGUUGAGGGCGUGCUGGCAUUAACUCCCACUGGAGCGCCUCCAGAAGCCUGCCGAGACAUGGCUCCCCAGCAUGGUGCAGCACCGCAGCCGGAACCUAGCCCAUAUUCAGCCGAGGUUGUUGAAAUCGAGCCCAAAAAAUAUACCCUUACUAUUUAUGGCGAUCCAGUCAAUAUACUUGAGGGAUUCAUGAUUCAAGCGCGAGAUCGAAGCAGCGGACUAAUCAAAGGAACCUUUGAGCCAGUUGAAAACGAGAUUAAAGUAAUUGAUUGCCUUGGGGGUGUCCAAAACUGUGCAACGCAUGCCGACGAGUCUCACGAUAGAUGGAAUGUCACUGUUACAUGGAAUGCUCCUGAUGGAAAUCUUGACAACAUUAACUUUGUUUACACUGCUUUAAAAGCUCUUACUGAGUACUGGAUCAACCAAAUAGAGCCGCUGAUCCCACCUUCUGCUUAAGAACCUAUAAAUUUAUUGUGAUUAAUUUUUUUCUGUAACCAAAUAACUCCACUGCUGGAGUAAAUGUCAGUUAUUUUAGAUAAAAAUGAUUGAUAGCAUUUUUAUAAAUGAAUAACUAUGUAUAAAUAUAAAUCUCUUCUCGUUAUGAUAUACUUGCUUAAAUGUA